UUGGUACAUCGACAGCUGUUCGCAUUGUUGUUUUGCGUAGUUUGUAUUAGCUUUUCAAAUUUGUCCGUCCAUCAGAUUCCGUUCGGUGUACCGAGAAGGAGCGUCAAGAUCAAACGUAAAAUCGUAUUGUUGCAAUACCCAUACUGAUUGGAAACAUGCCGCAAGGACGUAGGAAGGUCCCUUUCAGUGGAAAGCAAAAGAAACUACAACUGGUAGCUAAGAAACAGGCGAAAUCGGGGACAUCUCACAACAUUAUUCGCAAAUUGCGUGAUGAGGAGUCGAGUGACAUAAGCGAGGACAGUGACUUUCCCAAGUCGUUCUGUGCUACUGUAGAGAAGAUCAAUCUACAGCCGACCAAGGACCCACGGAGUAAGUCAAACCGGUACGUGUUGCAGUUUCAUCGAGAAACUGCCAAAGAGCUUCGAGAGCUUAAGGAAGAAGCACUCAAAACACUCAAUCCCUGUCAGGCGGAAGCAUUUGAGCUGGGCGAUAACUAUUAUGUGGGUUACGAUUUCCCAAAACGACCGCAAUGGAGUUUUGAGAUGUCCAAAGAACAACUGGAUGCUAACGAGAAUCGAUACUUUUUCAAAUAUAUAACUUAUUUGGAAAAAACCCACUAUGAUGACAUGAAAUCGUUAAGCUUUUGUGAAUUGAAUCUGGAAACAUGGCGACAAUUGUGGAGAGUGCUAGAGCUAUCCGAUAUAGUGUUGGUUAUCGUCGACGCUCGCUUUCCGACACUUAUGUUUCCUCCUGCACUGUACAACUACGUAACCGACGAAAUUGGUAAAAGCAUGAUUCUAGUAAUAAACAAAAUAGACCUUGUGGAACCGGAAGUUGUUUUAGCAUGGAAACGAUACUUCGAGGAGAAAUACAAAGACAUCAAGAUUGCGCUAUUUACCUCUUAUCCAUCGUAUAAUCUUCGUGGUAAGCAAGAGAACAAACAGGGACUCAAGAUACGUCGUCGUAAAGGACGAAUGCGCAUGGCCGCUGAGGGAGCGCAACAAAUUUUCAACAUUUGCCGGGAAUAUGUUGGCGAUGAGGUUGACGUUAACUCGUGGCAGCAGAAAAUUUUGGAAGAACGAAACGCCUCUUCCAUGGACGUUGAUGACGAUGAUGAAACAGUAGAGUCCGAGAGAACCCAUGAAGAGGAAAAAGAUUUCUCUUUCGAGGAGCUCGUCAAAUUCAAAGGUGGCGUACUAACAAUUGGUUGCGUCGGAUUUCCCAAUGUAGGAAAAUCUUCCUUGCUCAAUGCACUAAUGGGUAAAAAGGUCGUUUCGGUGAGUAGAACUCCGGGACAUACGAAACAUUUUCAAACCAUAUUCCUCACAAACACUGUCCGCCUCUGCGAUUGCCCAGGACUUGUCUUUCCCUCAGCCGUUCCAAGAAAAUUGCAGGUGCUUAUAGGCAGCUACCCGAUUGCUCAAUUGCGGGAACCGUAUGCAUCGGUAAAAUAUCUAGCCGAAAGAUUAGACUUGCCAACACUUCUCGCUUUAAAACACCCGGAAAACGAUGCAAGUGGCGGUUGGUCUGCUAUCGAUGUCUGCGAUGCUUGGGCGAUCAAGCGAGGUUUUCUUACGGCAAAAACUGCCCGACCGGAUACAUACCGUGCAGCAAAUAGUAUUUUGCGAAUGGCUCUGGAUGGAAAAAUUACGCUAUCCCUUAAACCGAUUGGAUACCACCAGAUUCAAAGCCGUCUACAAGCAGAUGCGGAACUCGCUUGGGUCAAGGAAAUUCAAUCGCUGGCCAGCUGCAGCGAACGAGAAAGAGAGGAAGACGAUGACUUACUGUCGGACACGGAUACGGAAGAUCUGGCAGAGGCUGCAAGUAACGAUGCGGAUAAUGAAGAAGACGAGGAAGGUAACUCAACCCUGUCACCCGUCGGUUCCAGCCAGAAUCCCUUCUCUUUGCUUGGCAGUCCAGAAUAAGUUACAGACUGGUAGCAGUUGGCACAAGGAUUUAGGAUAGUUGACGUUUUAACUAUGUGCUUUCCAACCGUUAUUGACCCGUUGAGGCGAGAUAAACUAGAGGAAAAAAACAACCGAUUACUGGUCAGAUAGCACAUGUUUGUUACAUAUUUAUUGUUAUGUCACGAUUUAUAUGUCUCUUUGCAAUAAAAGCUACAACUCUAAGGAUA